AUGGGGAAUACAAUGAGUGUCCCAGAGGAAGCUGAAGAAGACAAUACGUGCACAGUGAAGAGCUAUCAGGCUCUAUCUGAAUCUCCUGACAAUAUUAAAAGUGGAUCCGUUGCAUUUGUUCAGACUCCUUCUCCUGCAAUGAACGGUGAAGGGCGUACUGAAGAUCCAGCUACAGAUUCAUCAGUUGGAUCGGUGAAACUUGAUGUCAGCUCAGAGGCGCCCGGAGUGAACAAAGCACCAAGUGACAGCGUGGAGGUUCCCGCAGCAGCUGCACGGGAGGAAGGCGCACAUAAAAACCUGACCUGGGCCCCGCCGGCAGCCUCGCUUCGUGACAUCGAUCUCACAGCAUCAGUGACACCUGAGGGAGAGGAUGCGGCAGCCUCAAAGCCAAAACAAGUAACCUUCUUUGACAGGAUCUUCAAACUGGAGAAGGGAAAGGAAAGGAGUAAAACGCAAAUUGAUACCCAGGAGGAAAAGCAGACUUCAGACCUUCCUGACGGGCACAUCACAGUGAAAGAGGCUGCUGGAUUACAGAGCACAUCAAACAGUGUCCCACAGGGGAAGGAGAUAGAUGACCGCAACCAAAAAGACCUACAGCAGGACUCAGCAGGUGUCAACGGUCUCACUGCUGAGCAACCUGAAAAGGCAGAGGUAAAACAAGACAACCCCCAACCAGCUGCUGCAAUAGAUAACUCCGUCAUGAGUUUCCUUAAAACACUGGUCUCCCCAAGCAAAGCUGAAGCCAAAAGUGAUUCUGAAGACAAGGGAUCGAAAGCGGAAAAAGGCCAUGGUGGGCAACCUGCUCCGAAGACAGCGGCAGAAUCCCAAACCAAAGGAGCCAAGAAAAAGAAGGCAGAGAGUCCCAGGCUAGGACACAGUACAUUUAGUAAACUUUUUAGGCAUAAGGCUGCGAAAGAGACCCAACAGACAACUAAUACCAAAAGCACUGAACAGCAGCCUAUUACCUCUGUAAAAUCAGACAAAAACGUCCCUUCCUCUCAAGAGCCGCAGACGACUAAGCAGAAUACAAAAGCCCUCGAGCCUGCAGCCCAACAGCAGGCAGCAGCCACUGAAGCCCCCAAAGAGGUGACAAAGGAGAAAGCAUCAUCCACUCCCAUGCCACUGAGCAAGCUCUUUUGGAAAAAGAACGCAUUGGAAGAAGCAGAGACCGUAAGCAAUGAGAAAGCAGACGCCUCUUUAGAAGCUGUGGCUCCUGACAAAGAUGAGAGUAAGAGCCCAGAAGCCACAGAAGUGAAACCUAGAAGAGAAGAAAGUAAAACCCCCAAAGCCAACCUGAGGAAGUUUUUUAAGCUGUCAGGGAAGGGUGAUGGAGGGACAACCAGUUCAGAAGAGGUAAAUGGCCCAAGCCCCAGUCACCAAACAUUAAACUCCACAGAGAGGCCAGUUGUCCCAGCUGAAAGUGAACCUGUGGGCCAAAAGAGCAAAGAGAGUUCAAAAGACAAGAAGUCUACAGUGGAGCUGAGCAAGCAGAAAGGCAGCAAACAGGAAACCAGGGAGCAGCCAGACUCCAGGGAGCAGCAAGCAGCCGAGACCGCCUCCAUCCAGAACGGAGGAGAUGCUUCAAAGGAACCCUCCUUCAAGAAGACGGAGAAGAGGCAGUCACUUGGAGGGUUUUUUAAGGGCCUUGGCUCCAAAAGGAUGUCUGAUGCAGAAGUGCAAACAGAUCCAGUGUCUAUCCUACCUGCUGGGAAAUCCAAGUAA